AUGGAAUUAGGAGUUGGAACACCUAUAAAAGUGGAUUCAAAUACCCUAAAGGUGGAGCAUGGCCAUUUUGCUCAUUAUAAGGGUCUUUACAUUAUAUGUGUUGGAUGUGGCUAUUAUGGCCAUUUGGAGAGAAACUGUGUGAAGUGUACGGCACAACAUGAAAGCCCUAACAAGAACCGACCUUCUCCAUCAAGUACAAAAGACCCUCCAAUGACUAGUCCCUCUAAGACUAAUGUGAAGGGACAAGAAGAUGUUAAGGUUAUUAAUGUUGGUGAUAAUGUGCAUGGAGAUUGGCUUGUUCUUCCUAGGAGGAAAAAGCCAAGGAACAAAGGUGUUAAUGAAAAGGUCUAUGAUCAUAUCAAUCCCUUUAAAGUGAUGGGGUCAAUUCAUGCUAGGAGUAAAGAUAUACAGAGGAAAAAUAUUACCAUUAUUGAGGGGAAAGGGUCAAUUCCUAUGAAAUUCCAACGUAACCCUAAUCCCAUUGUUGUUGUGCAAAAAAGAAGGAGAUAUUGCCACAACAACAUGUCACGAGCUAGCAAAUUGCCACCAACCAAAGUUGAGGCCAAAUCUAGUCCCCCCAAAUCACCCAAUAGUCAAUUAAGAAAUGGGAAGGGCAUGCAAUGGUUCUUGAGCUCCACGACGUUUGAGCGCUCCACGACUUCCUCGUCGACACGUGCAGGGACGACGCCACCGUUCAGGUCCCCGUCCCCAAGGUUCUGUCGCCACUUCCGCCUCCGUCCGAUGUUGUUCCUCUUGGCCCUGACGCGCUCGAUGACAUUUCCAUGUCUUUCAAUAUUACUGACCAGUUGUUAUUUGGAUUCUGUUCAGCGUGGAGGCUUGUUUGUUGCAUUACUUGAAAUCACAGGGGGCAAAGCUUCUAUUCAAGUUAAUGGCAAGACAUAUCGAAAGAAUUCCCGUCUGAUUUUAAGUGGAGGUGAUGAGAGAAGUGAUAUUUUAUAUGAUUCUUGCGUAGGUUCGGAAAUAUAUCAGGAGACUUUGUGCAAGGCACUUGCGAAGCAUUUUGGUGCCAGGCUACUAAUUGUCGAUUGUCUCUCAUUGCCUGGUGUAUGUUUUUUUAGUACUUCAGUUCAGAUAUUUUUGUGUUUUUAUCAUUCUCCUUUAUUUACCGUGUUAUGUGUUUUUAUGGUUUUUCUCUGGUGCAUUGCUCAUAGCUAUUCAAAAGGUGUUUCAAUUUCUGUUAUGCAGACUUUUAUAUUUUUGUCUUAUUCUGGAAAAUUAAGAUUUUAUUCUUCUUCUAUAUUGAUCAGGGGACCAAGCUAUGGCUCCCGGGGCAAAGUUCUGCUUGCUUUUGAAGAUAAUAGGUCUUCAAAAAUUGGGGUUAGGUUUGAUAAAUCAAUUCCAGAUGGCAAUGAUCUUGGAGGCCUUUGUGAGGAUGAUCGUAGGUUCUUUUGUUCUGGUAAUUCGGUAGAUGAUUCUGGAGGGGAUGAUGCAAAUAAAUUUUUCUUUACCGGUCCAAAAGAUGCCUCUAUUCCUGAAGAAAUGACCUUGAAGCAACUUGGGCGUCUUUUCCCAAACAAAGUGACAAUACAGCUGCCUCAGGACGAGGCUUUACUUUCUGAUUGGAAGCAACAAUUAGAACGUGAUAUUGAAACUAUGAAAGUUCAAUCCAAUAUUGUCAGCGUUUGCACAGUAAGUCCGAAAACAUCUGAUAGUUUUUAUGUGCCUUUUUUGCUUUUAUUAUCCUAUGCUUCCUCUUAUUGCAUUUUUUCUGCAUGUUUCUAUUUUUUUCACUUGUUGUGCAUUAGUGUGAUUUGCCUUUGGAAUAUGUGGAAUCUCAUGCAUUGGCUUUGUGAAAUUUUCCUAACUGCGCUUAGAAAUGCUCAAUGUCAUUUUAGAAGUUGUUUCUGUGGAUAA